AUGUCUGUUGAUAUUCACUUGAAGGCUUUGGUUUUAACAAAAACAUAUUUCUCCCGUGAAAAUGGGAAUGCGGCAGGAGUUAAUUCAACAAAUGAUGCGGAUAAACUUAUUAUAACAGAUGCUGAAGAAGGGAAAGUUGUCACUCGUUUUCCUCCAGAGGCUAGUGGUUUUCUUCAUAUUGGUCAUGCAAAAGCAGCUUUAAUUAAUAGUAUGCUUGCUAUUAAGUAUAAAGGAAAACUUCUGAUGCGAUUUGACGAUACAAACCCUUCAAAAGAAAAACAUCAUUUUGAAGAGGCUAUCUUGCAGGAUCUGGAUACUCUUGGGGUAAAAUGGGAUGAAGGACCAACUUAUUCUUCUGAUUAUAUUGAACUGCUUUACGAAAAAGCUGAAGAACUUAUAUCUAAAGGUCUUGCUUAUUGUGAUAAAACACCAAGAGAAGAGAUGCAGAAAUGCCGAUUUGAUGGUAUUCCCACUUCAUAUCGUGAUUUAAGUAUUGAGGAAAAUAAACGAAUUUGGAACGAAAUGAAACAAGGAACCCCUGAAGGACAAGAAGCUUGUUUACGAGCAAAAAUAUCUAUUGAUAAUGUGAACAAGGCAAUGCGAGAUCCAGUCAUGUUCCGUGUUAAUUUAACACCUCAUGCUAGACAAGGAUUAAAGUAUAAGGCUUAUCCAACUUAUGAUUUUUGUUGUCCUAUAAUUGAUUCAGUUGAAGGUGUUACUCAUGCUCUUCGUACUAAUGAAUAUCAUGAUCGUAAUGAUCAGUAUUAUUGGUUCUGUGACGCAUUAAAUAUACGAAAACCCAUUAUUGAAGAUUUUUCUCGACUAAAUAUGGAAUAUGCUGUUAUGUCGAAAAGAAAAUUAACUCAGUUUGUUGAAACUGGUGUUGUUGAUGGUUGGGAUGAUCCUCGUUUUCCGACUGUUCGAGCCUUAGUACGACGUGGAUUAAAAGUAAACGCAUUAAGAGAAUUUGUUCAAGAGAUAGGUAUGUCAAAAACAGUUAAUUUUAUGGAAUGGGGAAGAUUAUGGUUUUUAAAUGCCCAAAUUCUUGAUCCUUCAGUUCCUCGAUAUACAGUCGUUUCAAAUACUUUAAAAGUUCGUUGUACAGUUGAAGGUCAACAACAUCUUGAAAAAUGUGAAAAACUUCUUCACAAAAAAGUACCAGAAAUGGGAACAAAAACAUUUUAUAAAUCUGAUGUUAUUUUCCUCGAUUCAGAAGAUGUCGCUCUUCUUAAGGAAGGUGAAGAAAUUACUUUAAUGGAUUGGGGAAAUGCAUAUAUUAAAAAUAUUCGUUCCUCUGGAAAUUCUUCUUCUAUUACUGAUGCUGAUAUUGUAUUACAUCUUGAAGGUGAUGUAAAGAAGACAAAGCACAAGUUAACUUGGGUUGCAGAAAAUCCUAAUGCAGAAAUUAUGGAACUUAAUGAAUAUGAUCACCUUCUUACCAAGAAAAAGCCCGAUCCUGAAGAAAGUUUAGAUUCCAUUCUUGCCCCUGUUACGAAAUUUACUCAAGAGGUUUAUGGAGAAGAAGCUCUUCAUUCUCUCAAAAAGGGAGACACAAUUCAACUUGAACGUCGUGGAUAUUAUAUUGUAGAUUCCGUUACUCCCAAAAAAGUCUUGAUAUUUAUUCCAGAUGCUCGUGAUAAGGUAAAUCAUUUAAGUGCAAAGGCACAAUAUUUAAAAUCUUUGGGCGGAAAUGGCAAAUCGUCUGCUGCUGAUGAAUUGGCGGCUAAACGGGCGGCUAAGGCUGCGAAAAAGGCUGCACAAAAACAAAACUCAAAAAAAUAG